AUGACACAGAAACCUACCAUCCCAAAGGCCGGUGCUGAGAAGCCUAAAAUCACCGGGGACAGGCCUUGGGUUCUUCCCACUCAUGAGCCUUUCCAGAUCAUCAAUGCGAAGCUGAUUGAUCCUCUGGAGGGUCGGGUGAUUGACAAUACAAGUGUCCUUGCUGUUGAUGGCCGUUUCCAGAAAGUUUCCAUUGGCUCCACGCCAAACGUUGGCGAGAACGUCAAGGUCAUUGACCUUGAUGGGAAAUAUCUAUGCCCUGGCCUCCUCGAUGCCCACGUCCACCUCACAGCUACACCGGGCGAGUCAGACUUGCGGGGAACAUAUAAGAACAUUCCCGCGUCAAUGAAUAACUUCCGAUCCACCUUCCUGGCACGCGAGAUGCUCCAGAGGGGCUUCACUACUGCCCGUGACUGCGGCGGAGCGGAUGCUUCACUGAAAGAGGCAAUCAGUGAGUGGCUGAUACCAGGUCCUCGGUUGCUCAUUGCUGGACACGCCCUUUCCCAGACAGGCGGUCAUGGCGACCAGAGACCCUUCUUCUCUGAUGAAGAUCCUACACUCAAGUGCUGCGCCGGUCACCGGUCCGGCAUUGGAAGACUUUGCGACGGGCCGACAGAGUGUUCCGUUGCUGUCCGAGACGAGAUUCGCAAGGGCGCUGACUUCAUCAAGAUCAUGGGCGGCGGAGGAGUCGCGAGCCGCCUCAACAACCUCGGACAUCAGCAGUUUCUCGACGAAGAGAUCCAGGCCAUUACGAAAACUGCAGCCAGCUUUGACACCUACGUGACUGCACACGCGUACACGGUCCGGGCCAUGCAGCACAUGAUCAAGAAUGGUGUUCUGGGCAUCGAGCAUGGCAAUUUCCUCGAUGAGGAAACUGCACAGCUCAUGGUAGAGAAGGGAAUCUAUAUGACGCCCACUCUGGCUACCCACUACGGCAUGACCGUUCCGCCUUACGACCAGUUCUUGAAUGAGGUGUGUACUAAGAAGAACGAGGCCGUGAUGGCUUCAGGCCUCCAAGCACUCAAGGUUGCAGCCAAGGCAGGCGUCACAGUGUGCUUCGGGUCCGACCUGGUUGCCGGCAUGCAUCAGUUCCAACUGAAGGAAUUCUCCCUCCGUUCCCAGGUACAGACACCAGAGGAGAUUAUGCGGAGCGUGACCAUCAACAAUGCCAAGGUGAUGCGCCUCGAGAACGAUGUUGGACAGAUCAAGGAAGGCUUUUUCGCCGACUUGGUUGUAUUGGAGAAGAACCCAUUGGAGGACAUUACUAUCAUGGACGACAAGGCUAAUAUGCUUGCUGUGGUCAAGGAGGGUCACGUAGCGUUUAGUUCCUUGGAUAACUGGCCGGUCACAACUGACCGGGCGCCGUGGUGA